AGUGACAACAACGCUAACAGUAUCUGCCAAUAUGAGGCCAGCAAAAGACAUUUCAUGCAGCUUUGCGCUGUUCGUCUACAUCACCACCUUCCUGAUCGGGGUACCUGCCAACAUCCUGGCAUUCUGCACUUUUUGCCGAAAGGUGCGUCACAAACCUGCCCCCAUCGACAUCCUGCUCCUCAACCUGACCAUCUCCGACCUCAUCUUCCUUGCUUUCCUGCCCUUCAAGAUAAAGGAGGCUGUUGAUGAUUUUAACUGGACCCUCCCUUACUUCCUGUGUCCAGUCACUGGCUACCUGUUCUUCUCCACCAUCUACAACAGCACCCUCCUCCUGACCGCGGUGAGUGUGGAGCGCUUCCUCAGCGUGGCGUAUCCCGUAAGGUUUACAGCACCAGGCAGGGUUUUCCACACACAGUUGGCCUGUGCAGUUUUCUGGAUCCUGUCCCUUGCCCACUGCAGUGUUGUCUUCGUAAUGCAAUUAGACAAAGAUGCCGACAACACUACCUGCUAUGGAAAUUUCAAUGAUGUCCAGCUUAUUACCCUUCUCCCGGUACGCUUAGAGAUGUCCCUGGUUCUCUUCUGUGUACCCUUCCUGAUCAGCACCUUCUGCUAUGUCAACUUCAUCCGUAUCCUGUCUAGGCUUCCCAACAUCAGCCAGCACCGGCGCCUGCGUGCCAUCGGGCUGGCGUUGGGGACUCUGCUGGUUUUCGCCCUCUGCUUUGGGCCCUACAACGUGUCCCAUAUGGUGGGGAUCAUGCAGAAUAAAGUCCCCACUUGGCGCAACAAUGCCAUUCUGCUCACCACCUUAAAUGCCUGUCUGGACCCCAUCGUCUUCUACUUCUCCUCCUCAGCUGUUAGGAGCACUCUCAGCCUCUGCCUGAAGCGAAUCAAGGCUCAGCUCAAUCCAAUGGCCACAGCCGCCCAUGCUGGUAAUACACCAGACCCUAUGGACUCCACCCAUUCGUCCAGCCAGAAGUUUGUCGCUGCUGCCAAAAGUGGGACAAAUUACACCCCACGAUGAAUCAGUGACUAGUAAAUCAGUUUGGUCCAUCCAUACAAAGUGUACACAAAGCAUUGGAAUGGUGUGUUUCCACAAUGUGAUCUAAAAUUCUGAUUCCAUGGUCAAGCAUUUUGAUAGCAUUUGUCCAUCUGAAACGGCUAUAGAAUGUCUGAAUUCAUCUGCACAUGUAUUCAGUUCUGUGUGCAGAGUGAGACAACAGUAUGAUGAUGUCUGGUGACAGUGACUGGUAACUUAGCUUGUGUCCCACAAGGGUUAUUACAGUACAUUUGUAUUACUUGUACAGAGGGUAAUGAUGAGAAUAGUGCAUUAGAAUGGUAAACUGUAAAAUAUGUUAUUAAAGGGAAUACAGAAGCUUCCAAUUUGUCUUUGUGGCUAAUCUUAUGCCAUGCUUAUUGAGACUGUAAAUUGCUGCACAAAUUAUUUAAAAAAAUCUGUAUCCUAAAAGUCACAUUGUGGUCAUUGCACUUGAAUUGACAGUAUAUUGUCUAUGCGUUAUUACACAUGUAAUUAGCUUUUUUAGUGAUCAGUUAGUCAAUAAACUCCUUAUUAAGACGUUA